AUUAGGUUAAACUGACCAAUUUUGCUUUUUCGUGCACGAAGCACAAUCAAAACAAAUGGUGAAUUUUGAAUCUGCGCGCGUAAAUUUUGGAGAACCAAUUUGAUCUGACUCUUUAAACAAUGUUCGACUGCAACAACCGCCCGGCGGAGCUGUCCAGCUUCGUGGGCCCGGACGUGCGCAAACUGGUCGAGGUGGACCGAUAUCGGGCCAUCUACGCGGAAUCUUCGGCCAGCCCGGAGGACGAGAACCGCCCGGCCGUGCUGUUCGGGCUGGAGUUUUACUAUCUGGACGACAAAAUGCUGCAGCGGUUGGCACUGGAGGCGCGCACCACGAUGUGCCACCUGGGAAAUUCCGACGUGUGGCAGGAGUUGGGAAAUACGCAGGGUUGGUGGAUGGGGGUUCAAGUGGGUCGGUUCUUGCGGGUUUUGAUUGGGAGUUGCGGAGAGGAUGCGUUGUACAAGGAGGAGGAGCUGCUGGAGGUGAUUUCGGUGGUGACGAAUAGCUUGCCGGCGAUUGGCUUGUUGGCGGAUGGUUUUAGUGGAAUUUCUGUGAAGAGGAUUGACUCGGUCAGCUAUGGGUCCUUUCACGUGGCGCUGGAGUGGCGUUGGUACGCGCUGAUGCUGAUGUAUGAGGUGCACAAGCGGCUAUCAGGGAAGGUUGAUUUUGAAGCCGCUUAUCGUGAUUUGCUGGAAGGAUUGGUUGGACUUGCUUCCAUUAAAUUUAACGAUCGAACGAUUCAGAACGAGUUGACGGAGGAGAUGCAGUUUUACUGUCCGUGCGUGAAGAACAUAUGGAUUGGGAUGUUGGUACUGGCCACGAGUUCUGGAGUCGACUUUUGGGCGAAUCUACAGAUCGCUUUGGAAAAGAUCCUAAAUGAAGUUCAUGCAAAAAGCUGGAAACGAACCAAGGCGAACUCGCUGCUGUUCCAGGCUUGGCUCGUGCAUGGAAUCGCUUCGUUGUACCAGUAUCGACUGCUGGAUGAGACUACCUUCAAAGAGACGCCGAUAAUAACUCUCCCACCGGAUUACACGAUCCUCGAUCGAGCUCUCAAAGAAGUCACCUUAGGUGCCCUCCCAGAAGACAAUCUAAGAACGUUCCUGCUUCUCCUCAAACCAAUAUACACCAAAUGGUGGCCAAUCAAGUACGACCUCGUAAUCACACUCUGGGAAUACUUCAGCAAACGUCUCAACUCACCCUUCCAGCUACCCCAGGAACCGCCCAUCAACCUGGCCUGCGUCAGCCGCUCCCCAAAGGGCAUCAUCGACCAAGCCGCGCAACACUCAACCCAACAAGCCUUCGACGCCCUCUCAACCCACACCUCAAGCUUCAAAUCCUACAUCACCCUCAUGGCCUUCAUGCUGCGCCACCUCUCCACCUCCUCCCAAAAAACCAAAGUCCAAAUCCUCUUCAACCGAACGAUCCUCCGGUUCGCUCCGCCCAAACUGACCUCCCUCACCGAGCAAGCCAUCUACAACUACACCCUCCUGACCCUGGCCAUGGUCCAAGCCACUCCCUACCAGGACGACUACCCGCGACUCUCCAAGCAAAUGCUCCACUUCAACCUGGACCAGCUGACGCCGAACUCGGACGUCGAAGUCGCCAUCCGACGCAUCACCGUGCUCGUGCUGGCCAACAUGGCCCUCACGAUUCUGUUCACCGAGCGCGCCUUCGACAAGACGAACCAUCUUCGGCAGGUGCUGGAAGGGCUGGGGCGUGCGUACCGGAAGUUUGGGGACCGGCUGCAGACGGUGGCGCCGAUCGUGGCGGAAGCAAUGGGAACGGUGUACGAGCGGGCUUUUACCCGAGGGGAGUUUGAGAAGGGGGACGAGCAGUUUUUAGCCGGGGGAGAUUGGCUGGAGCGGUACCUGAAGAGUUGUCCCGAGGGAGAGAUGGAGGGAGUGAUGACGGUCUUUUCCCGCACCCUGAACUUGCUCCGUCGCCGCAGCACAACACUCUUCCGCCCGGAACUCCACGCUGACUUUGUGGAACCACUAAACAGCUUCGUUCUGCCUCGAAUAAAGGAGUUUUUCACCAAGGACACGACCAUUGCGAUGCCGAUCGUGGCUGAGAUGGCCGUUCAGUUCACGCUGUGCGCACCGGAUCCGGUAGCGUUGAUGGAGUUGGUUAGCUUCUUUGCGGAACAUUCGACGGCGGGGUCGGCGCUGAGGUUGCAGUACAUCAAGGCGCUGGUUGGGAGCGAUCGGAUGAAGGAGGUUGACGAGCGGGUUAUUGUGAGGAUUUGGCUGAAGUUGGCGAUUCAAAAUGGCGGCGAGCAGUUAGUGGAACUAUCUAGGGUGGUUUGUGGGUUGGGAGUGUUUCAGGAGAUUUGCAGCAUUGCGGAGGUUGAUUUGUGCGAGGGAAAGGACGAUUUGAUGGGAUUGUUCUUUAAGGCUUUGGGAGACAAGUACAACGAGAAGGAUAGCCGGGGUCAGCUGGAGAUGAGUUUGAAGGUGAACGCUUUGUUUCAUCAGUUUGACGCGUGGUUCCCGAGCCCGACCACGAGUUUACUGAUUCGAAUCAUCUCGAUGCUGGUGGUGGCGAUCAAGGAAUGUGGGCAGGUCAUUUACAAGAGGGGCAAUUCUGCUUGUUUGCUCCACUUGGCCUUUAGCAAAUAUUUCCUGCCGUCGAGCGUGUUGACGAACAGAAAUGUCCCGAACGAUUUGGUGCUGGCGAUGGGAAAGGUUUGGCACCGGAUCAUGGACGUUCUCGGGCAGAUGAGCUAUCUGGAAGAUCCGGUUAUUGGGGAUUACGCGGCGAAGAUGAUGCCCAAGUGGGCACCACAAUUUCUCAAGUUCAAAACCAACGCCGACGCCGUUAAACCGUUUCUGGUUUUCUUCACGUCCCGCAACGAGGCGUUCGUCAAGUUCGCCUUGAACAAGUACCUCGCUUAUUACGUGGAACUCAACGGAGCCACCCCAAAACUGCAGGCCGAAAUCGGACUCAAAUUGCUAACCUUCCUCCUGGAAGCACUCAACAACGCCCAGGACAACGGCAAGAUCGCCAUGUUCAUCGGCAUAGUCGCUCCCGCCACCCUCGAACACGCUCUGCUCGUCCACGACCAAAGCCUCAGCAAACCCGUGGCCAACGAACUCACCUCCCUAAUGCUCACCAGCACCCAAAACGGCUCAAACCUCAUCAAGAUGGAACUCAAAUCCGCCCUCGCAAGUUUCACCAAGAAGCACCUUCGCAUUAACACCUCCAACUACUUCCGGUUCAUGUACAAACUAGCAGAUCAAAGGCCGGAUUUCAUCGAGUCCCUCAUCUCAACGAUCCGCCUGGAGCUGACCGAAACGGAACGGCUGCGGGGCAACGGCGAGGACCAGCACCUACGGCGGAUGUUGAGUCAACUCCAAGGGGCCGUGGAGGCCAGCUUCAACAAGGUGAACAAGCGAAUGAACACUUUCGUGACUCACUGUAGCGAGCAGCAGCAGAGCACAUGAAUGAAUGGUG